CCCAUAUAAAUAGCACUGCGCACAGGUGUAAGCCGAUCCCCCGGCUGCAAGCGGCGGCGGGUGGCAGCAACGGUCUCAGUCCGUGGGUUCUUCUCUGCCAUUGCCUGGAGCGCGUCACUGAACCGUCCACCAUGUCGAUGGGGCUGGAGAUCGGCGGCGUGGCCUUGUCCGUGCUGGGCUGGUUGUGCAGCAUCAUCUGCUGUGCGUUGCCCAUGUGGAAGGUGUCGGCCUUCAUCGGCAACAACAUCGUGACGGCUCAGAUCAUCUGGGAAGGGCUGUGGAUGAGCUGCGUGGUGCAGAGCACGGGGCAGAUGCAGUGCAAGGUCUACGACUCCAUGUUGGCGCUGCCGCAGGACCUGCAAGCCGCCCGCGCCCUGCUGGUGGUGUCCAUCAUCUUGGCCGUCCUGGGCUUAAUGGUGGCCAUUGUGGGUGCCCAGUGCACCCGCUGCGUGGAGGAUGAGACCACCAAAGCCAAGAUCACCAUUGUCUCCGGCGUCAUCUUCCUCCUCUCUGGUGUCAUGACCCUCAUCCCUGUCUGCUGGUCGGCCAACACCAUCAUCCGGGAUUUCUACAAUCCGCUGGUGAUCGAAGCACAGAAGCGGGAGCUGGGCACCUCGCUCUACGUGGGCUGGGCGGCCUCCGCACUCCUGAUGCUGGGGGGGGGGCUGCUCUGCUGCUCCUGCCCCCCCAAAGACGACAGGUAUCCCACGGGCAAGGUGGCCUACUCCGCCCCACGCUCCGCUGUUACCAGCUACGACAAGAGGAACUAUGUCUGAGACCCCCAGGGUCCCCCGGCACCCCUCGAUAUCCCCCACCCUACCCACCCACCCUGG